ACAGUGCUCCGCGCCGCAGGUACCGCCAUGGCGCGGCGCGGCUGAGCAUCCUCCGCGCCUCCCGCCGCGCCGCGCCCGCGCCAUGGCCGCCUCCGAGCUCUACACCAAGUAUGCCAGGGUUUGGAUCCCUGAUCCAGAAGAGGUGUGGAAGUCAGCAGAACUUCUCAAAGAUUAUAAACCUGGAGAUAAAGUCCUCCAGCUUCGACUUGAGGAGGGCAAGGACAUAGAAUUUUGCCUAGAUCCGAAGACGAAGGAACUCCCACCCUUGCGAAACCCUGACAUACUUGUUGGUGAAAAUGACCUCACAGCGCUCAGUUAUCUCCAUGAACCAGCUGUUUUACACAACCUGAAAGUUCGAUUUAUAGACUCUAAACUAAUCUAUACCUAUUGUGGUAUCGUUUUAGUGGCCAUAAAUCCUUAUGAACAACUGCCUAUCUAUGGCGAAGAUAUCAUCAAUGCAUACAGUGGCCAAAAUAUGGGGGAUAUGGAUCCCCAUAUCUUUGCGGUGGCGGAAGAAGCGUAUAAGCAGAUGGCGAGAGAUGAGCGAAAUCAGUCAAUCAUUGUCAGUGGAGAAUCUGGAGCCGGAAAGACCGUCUCUGCUAAGUAUGCCAUGAGGUACUUUGCCACGGUCAGCGGAUCUGCCAGUGAAGCCAAUGUUGAAGAGAAAGUCUUGGCCUCUAACCCCAUCAUGGAGUCUAUUGGAAAUGCCAAAACUACAAGGAAUGACAACAGCAGUCGCUUUGGUAAAUACAUUGAAAUUGGUUUUGAUAAGAGGUAUCGAAUCAUUGGUGCUAACAUGAGAACUUACCUCUUGGAAAAAUCAAGAGUGGUGUUUCAGGCAGAAGAGGAGAGAAAUUACCACAUCUUUUACCAACUAUGUGCCUCUGCAGCAUUACCCGAGUUUAAAACUUUACGAUUAGGGAAUGCAAAUUACUUUCACUAUACAAAGCAAGGUGGAAGCCCUGUGAUUGACGGUGUCGAUGAUGCCAAGGAAAUGGUAAACACCAGGCAGGCCUGCACUUUGCUAGGGAUUAGUGAUUCCUACCAGAUGGGGAUUUUUCGAAUCCUUGCUGGAAUCCUUCACUUGGGCAACGUGGAGUUUGCAUCUCGGGAUUCUGACAGCUGCACUGUUCCUCCCAAGCAUGAACCCCUCACCGUCUUCUGUGACCUCAUGGGCGUGGAGUAUGAAGAGAUGGCCCACUGGCUUUGCCAUAGGAAGCUCGCAACUGCCACCGAAACCUAUAUCAAGCCAAUUUCUAAACUUCAUGCUAUCAAUGCCAGAGAUGCGCUUGCCAAACAUAUCUAUGCUAAUCUCUUUAACUGGAUUGUAGAUCAUGUGAACAAAGCUCUUCACGCUACUGUAAAACAGCAUUCUUUCAUUGGAGUGUUGGACAUUUAUGGAUUUGAGACAUUCGAAAUCAACAGCUUUGAACAGUUCUGUAUCAACUAUGCCAAUGAAAAACUGCAGCAGCAGUUCAAUAUGCAUGUCUUUAAGCUGGAACAAGAAGAAUAUAUGAAGGAACAAAUACCAUGGACCUUGAUUGAUUUCUAUGACAAUCAGCCUUGCAUCAACCUUAUAGAGGCCAAAAUGGGAAUUCUGGAUCUGUUGGAUGAGGAGUGCAAGAUGCCAAAAGGUUCGGAUGACACUUGGGCUCAAAAACUGUACAAUACUCAUUUGAAUAAAUGUGCCCUCUUUGAAAAACCACGUUUGUCAAAUAAGGCUUUUAUCAUCAAGCACUUUGCUGACAAGGUGGAAUAUCAAUGUGAAGGCUUUCUGGAAAAGAAUAAAGACACAGUUUAUGAAGAACAAAUUAAGGUCCUAAAAUCAAGUAAGUUUAAGCUGCUACCAGAGUUAUUCCAGGAUGAGGAGAAGGUCCUCAGCCCCACGUCAGCAACUCCUUCAGGGCGCGUGCCUUUGUCUCGAACAGCUGUAAAACCUGCUAAGGCCAGGCCAGGUCAGGCCAGCAAGGAGCAUAAGAAAACUGUGGGGCAUCAGUUUCGAAAUUCUCUUCAUCUGCUGAUGGAAACCCUGAACGCUACAACUCCACACUAUGUGCGCUGUAUUAAGCCUAACGACUUCAAGUUUCCAUUCACAUUCGAUGAAAAGCGCGCAGUGCAGCAGCUGAGAGCUUGUGGCGUCCUGGAGACCAUCCGAAUCAGUGCAGCUGGCUUCCCUUCCAGGUGGACAUACCAAGAGUUCUUCAGCCGUUAUCGUGUUCUAAUGAAGCAGAGAGAUGUCCUUAGUGACCGAAAGCAGACGUGCAAAAAUGUCCUGGAGAAGCUGAUUCUGGACAAGGAUAAGUACCAGUUUGGUAAGACAAAAAUAUUUUUCCGGGCUGGUCAAGUAGCCUAUCUGGAAAAAAUAAGGGCAGAUAAGUUGAGAGCUGCCUGUAUCCGCAUCCAAAAGACAAUCCGAGGCUGGCUGAUGCGAAAGAAGUACGUGCGUAUGAGGAAGGCUGCCAUCACCGUUCAGAGAUAUGUCAGAGGGUACCAAGCACGAUGCUAUGCCAAGUUCCUGCGAAGAACGCGGGCUGCCAUCACUAUUCAGAAGUUCCAGCGCAUGUAUGUGGUCCGCAAACGAUACCAAUGCAUGCGAGCUGCUACUAUUGCUCUUCAGGCUCUCUUAAGAGGUUACAUGGCCAGGAACAAGUACCAAAUGAUGCUUCGGGAGCACAAGUCUACGAUUAUUCAGAAACAUGUCAGAGGUUGGCUGGCUCGAGUGCACUACCGCAGGACCUUGAAGGCCAUUGUUUACUUACAAUGCUGUUACCGACGCAUGAUGGCCAAGAGGGAGCUGAAGAAACUGAAGAUAGAAGCCCGUUCUGUAGAACGCUAUAAGAAGCUUCACAUUGGCUUGGAGAACAAGAUCAUGCAGCUGCAGCGAAAAAUUGAUGAGCAGAACAAAGAGUAUAAAUCUCUGCUGGAGAAGCUGAGCAACCUGGAGAUCACGUACAGUACGGAGACAGAGAAACUGCGGAAUGAUGUGGAAAGGCUUCGAAUGAGUGAGGAGGAGGCUAAGAAUGCAACCAACCGAGUCAUCAGCCUUCAGGAGGAGAUUGCCAAGCUCCGGAAGGAGCUGCACCAAACUCAGACUGAGAAGAAGACCAUUGAGGAGUGGGCAGACAAAUACAAACAUGAAACCGAGCAGCUGGUGUCAGAGUUGAAAGAGCAGAACACAUUACUGAAAACCGAAAAGGAGGAGCUGAACCGCCGUAUCCAUGACCAAGCGAGGGAAAUAACAGAGACGAUGGAAAAGAAGCUAGUGGAGGAAACGAAACAGCUAGAGCUAGAUCUGAAUGAUGAACGGUUACGAUACCAGAACCUGCUGAAUGAGUUCAGCCGAUUAGAGGAGCGGUAUGAUGAUCUAAAGGAUGAAAUGAACUUAAUAGUGAGCAUCCCCAAGCCUGGUCACAAAAGAACGGAUUCGACUCACAGUAGCAAUGAAUCUGAAUACACUUUUAGCUCUGAGAUCACAGAAGCAGAAGACUUACCAUUGAGGAUGGAGCAGGAACCAAGUGAGAAAAAGGCACCAUUGGAUAUGUCUCUGUUCCUCAAGCUGCAGAAACGGGUUACAGAGCUGGAACAAGAAAAGCAAUCCCUGCAGGAUGAACUGGACAGAAAGGAAGAACAACAGGCUCUCCGUGCCAAAGCUAAGGAGGAAGAAAGGCCUCCAAUAAGAGGUGCAGAGCUGGAGUACGAGUCGCUCAAGCGUCAAGAACUUGAAUCUGAGAAUAAAAAACUGAAGAAUGAGUUGAAUGAGCUGCAGAAAGCCCUCACAGAAACACGAGCGCCAGAGGUAACUGCUCCUGGUGCUCCUGCAUAUAGAGUCCUCCUGGAUCAACUGACUUCAGUAAGUGAAGAGCUUGAGGUACGCAAGGAAGAAGUCCUCAUCCUGAGAUCUCAGCUUGUUAGCCAGAAAGAGGCUAUUCAACCCAAGAAUACCAUGACAGAUUCUACAAUCCUCCUGGAGGACGUGCAGAAGAUGAAAGACAAAGGAGAAAUAGCCCAGGCCUAUAUUGGACUGAAGGAAACAAACAGGCAAUCUCCUCAGGACUAUCAUGUGCUGAAUGAGGACGGAGAACUUUGGCUGGUUUAUGAAGGGUUAAAACAAGCCAACAGGCUGCUGGAGUCUCAGCUUCAGUCACAGAAGAAGAGCCACGAGAAUGAACUGGAAUCGCUGCGAGGCGAGAUCCAAAGUCUGAAGGAAGAAAACAAUCACCAGCAGCAGCUCCUAGCCCAGAAUCUGCAACUGCCUCCAGAGGCUCGCAUUGAAGCCAGUCUACAGCAUGAGAUCACCCGGCUGACAAAUGAGAACUUGUUUUGUGAGGAGUUGUAUGCAGAUGAUCCCAAGAAGUAUCAGUCGUACCGGAUUUCACUUUACAAACGGAUGAUUGAUUUAAUGGAGCAGCUUGAAAAGCAAGACAAAACUGUUCGCAAGUUAAAGAAGCAAUUGAAAGUAUUUGCUAAGAAGAUUGGUGAACUUGAAGUGGGCCAGAUGGAGAACAUAUCACCUGGACAAAUCAUUGACGAACCUAUUCGUCCAGUUAAUAUUCCACGGAAGGAAAAGGACUUCCAAGGGAUGUUAGAAUAUAAGAAGGAGGAUGAACAAAAACUUGUCAAGAAUCUUAUUUUAGAGCUGAAACCACGUGGAGUAGCUGUCAAUCUGAUUCCAGGACUACCAGCAUAUAUUUUGUUCAUGUGUGUACGCCAUGCAGAUUACCUUAAUGAUGACCAAAAAGUGCGGUCGUUGUUGACUUCCACUAUCAAUGGCAUCAAAAAAGUAUUGAAGAAAAGAGGUGAUGACUUUGAAACAGUGUCCUUCUGGCUAUCUAACACCUGCCGAUUUUUGCACUGUUUGAAGCAAUAUAGUGGAGAAGAGGGGUUUAUGAAGCAUAAUACACCUCGUCAAAAUGAACACUGCCUCACUAAUUUCGAUUUAGCUGAAUACAGACAGGUACUGAGUGACUUGGCUAUUCAGAUCUACCAACAACUUGUCCGAGUGUUGGAAAACAUUCUGCAACCAAUGAUCGUUUCAGGAAUGCUGGAGCAUGAGACUAUCCAAGGUGUCUCAGGGGUGAAACCAACAGGCCUACGGAAGAGAACAUCCAGCAUUGCUGAUGAAGGAACCUACACUUUGGACUCCAUUAUUCGGCAGCUGAACUCUUUCCAUUCAGUGAUGUGUCAGCACGGAAUGGAUCCAGAGCUGAUCAAACAGGUCGUCAAGCAGAUGUUCUACAUCAUUGGGGCUGUAACGCUUAAUAAUCUUCUCCUGCGCAAGGACAUGUGCUCAUGGAGCAAAGGAAUGCAGAUAAGAUACAAUGUGAGUCAACUGGAAGAAUGGCUACGUGAUAAAAAUCUGAUGAACAGUGGGGCUAAAGAAACACUGGAACCCCUCAUCCAGGCUGCUCAGUUAUUGCAAGUAAAAAAGAAAACGGAUGAAGAUGCAGAAGCCAUUUGUUCAAUGUGCAAUGCACUGACUACUGCUCAGAUUGUAAAAGUUCUGAAUUUGUAUACUCCGGUUAAUGAGUUUGAAGAGAGAGUCUUGGUAUCAUUUAUACGUACAAUACAGAUGCGUCUGCGAGACAGGAUGGACUCUCCUCAGUUGCUCAUGGAUGCUAAACACAUCUUCCCUGUUACUUUUCCAUUUAAUCCAUCCUCUCUGGCAUUAGAAACCAUUCAGAUCCCAGCCAGCUUGGGCUUGGGCUUCAUAUCACGUGUCUGAUCCCAAGGAUGUACCGUCAGUGUUAGAAGGAGCAUCAGUUGCCUGAUAUCUUUGCCCAUUAAAACAUAGUGAGCACUGAAAACACAUUUUCUGAACAGUCUGUAUAUGCCCAGACCUGUAGCAAAAGUAGAUGGAAAACUAUGUAACAGCACCACAGGUUGAAGGCUAAUAGAAAGAUGUGUGUUUGUGUUCAGUCGUUGCAUUUAGGAGGACAUCUCUGAUUCAUACUUUUCCAGAAUAUGGAAAUCAGGCUUGGACAAAAAUUGUGUCUUCAGCUGUCUAGAGACAUUUUUAGAUCUUUAGUAACAUAUUUAAAUAGUGUAAAAUAAACUCCAUAUGUAAACUUCUCAUAGGCAGGGACCAGUCCUGAACAUGGAAGACUUGAAAGUGUAAGGCAUUUUGUAGAAGAAUACACAGUCACUGGGGAGCCUGUUACAUUUAAUUUGUAAAAACUGGAAUGGAGAAACACAAACUGGCAAUAUAUAAAAUGAUUUCUUAAACCACUUCCUUAUUUAUGUCAGUCUGACAUAAAUUCUAGUGAUAAGUCUUAGAGCUCACUAUAUGCUAUAACUUAGGUGUUUAUUUGUUAGUACUGUGGUUUACCAAGCAUACUAAAUUGCUGCUGCAUAUUGUGUUCUUUUAAAUGUAUGACAGUAUCAUGCUAGGCACUAAAAAUAAGAUAUUUCAUUUUUUUGUUGUCAACCUUAUUUACAGUCUGAUGCAGUUUGUUGCUUUAACUGGAUUUUUGAAAAUGAUAUCAAAUAACACCCGUAAAGGAAAACGGUAACUAAGCACAAGUAGAACACUGGAAAUUACAUGUUUAGUUAUUGUUUAAAGUAGUUCUUUAUAAAAUACGAAAUCUUGAAACAAACUAUCAGAAGUCAAUAAUGAUUUUAGUAUUUAUUUAGAUUUUGUAGGCUGGUCUUCUUUGUCGGUAGAUCCCAGAGAUGACAGUGUGUAUUUUGAGUAUAAUUGCUUGUUUUGUUGCCACUUAAAAGAAAAGAAAAAAAAGGUAUUCUUUCAUACUGGAAUUUAAGAGGAAAGACUUUAAUAAAAAAAAUUUUGCAGUGGCUCAAUGCUCUCAUUCUUUAAAAGGUUGACUAACAAGAACGCUAAGUAGGUUUUGACUGGUGCUGUCCCUUGACUAUGAUUCAUGUUGAUUUAAUGGUUGGAGAUCCAAAGUGCAUAAUGAGAAACUGAGUUAUUUUGGAUAUUGCACAUCUUAUUGGAAAGAUUUUCCUGUCUCAAGUGUCUUGGAUCUGCCAUAUAGAGUUUGUAUUUCACAGUGUGCAAUGUAAGCGCAGAAGCCUUGCUUAAGGUUCCAAUUCUGAACUUUAAAGCAAGCAGUUUGUGGUGUAUGGCUCAAAUAUACAUGUAAAAAAAAAGCCACACACAUUGCCCAAUUGCAUUGUGCAAUAUUUUUUAUGUGUUAUACUAAUUAGUAACUUAGCAUUAUCGUUAAUUUCGUUUAAAAUACUGAGAAAUAAUCUAGAGGUACACUAUUAGACUAUUUGGUACUGAUCUGUUAGCCUGCAAACUCACAGAAAAAAAAUUGCUUAACAGCAGACUGAAACAUUUCAGUUGUGUUUUACUUGAGAAGUAGACACGCUGUUUGUAUGGUUGCUAGAACCGGUAGUAAAGACAACCUCAACGUUGUCAGUAUCAUAGAAUAGUUUGGGUUGGAAGGAACCUUAAAGAUCAUCCAGUUCCAACCGUGUCUCACUAGACCAGUCAAUGCUCAUGUCCUCUUAUUUUCCACAGUGUGUGCCCCAUAAUUAAGUUUGCUGGAUCAUGCCAGUACUUCCAAAAACCUGAUGCAGCAUUGCAUAAAUCUUUUGAAUGAUCUUUGCUAAAUGAUUGUUUUCCUGUGCACGGUAAACCAAAUGCUCUGUUUUCAAUUGUUACUUGGUUUCUGAAGCUACAGCUACUGUGAAGUGGCUCCAAAUAAGGUGUAACGUAGUUUUCAGUCUGUUAGGGGUACUGUACUUGUGAGAAUGUAAUGAGAAAGCCAUCACAUCCAGUAGCGAGGUUAGGAAAGAAGAUGAAUGAGAACAUGCUGACCUAUAAAAGUUUUGUCCUAUUGAAAAACAAACAAUUGGCAUUACAGUAUUUUCAUACUGUAAAUCAGGAAUUGUAUCCACUACUUAAGCAUUGGUGUAUUAAAAUGUAUGCCUAAAUGUAUUUUUGUUUAUUUUUUUAAGUUUGUUUACCUGUAAAAAGCCUUAUUGUAUCUUGUUUCCUUAAAAAAAGUAGUGUUUAGUAAUUUAUAGGUAUUAUCCUUAAACUCAGUGGUUUGACUGGUAUUACUUUUAUAUCACAUUAAAAGUAUAUGCUGCUUGACAUGUUUUAAAGGAAAAUAUUUUUAAGUUGGAAUAGAUGUGUAAUUGGUAAUUCAUCUAAUAUUUUACAUGGCAGUAUUUUACAUGCACUUUUCGGAAGUAAAAUUUUAGUGUCAAUGUAUAAUAUAUCUCUCACCUUAGGACUAAUAUCUCUUUAAUCAUGGACUAUAAUGCAGAAUUGUUUUAACAACUUUUUUUUCCUUUGAAUCAUUAUUAUGCUCUUUUAAGGUGGACAUAUCUUUUAUAUUUUAAUUUAUUAUCUAUUGCUAUGAUAGGUUUUAUCAGAUGCUGGAAAACUACUUCUCAAUGACCCCUUAGAAUUAUAUACAGUUAUUCUAGAGAUUUUGCACAAUAAUUACCUCAUUCAGUUUUGGUGUAUUUUUAUUCCAGUGAUCAUUUUGCUCUGAUGUUUAGGACACAGUCUUUCAUCUGAAUUUGGAAAAAUGGCUUCUCAGACUUCAGUCUGGGAUGCAACAUGAAAGUGCUUAAAUCUGUUAAAUGCAAUCAAUCUAGUCUAUCUAUCAUAGAAAAAAAAAAAAGUAGGCUCAAUUUCAACGUUGAAAUGUGGAUUGAUAUCCAGUAACAUUCAUUCUCAACUUGGAAACACCAGCAUUUGCAAUUUGAAGGUCUGUGUAAUUCGUGAUUUAAACUGAACACAUUUCAAAAACAGUACAAAAAAGUAUGAGUAAACACUUGUUUUUUUUAAGAUGCUGAUACUUCAUGUGAUAAAUAAAAGCCUUUAAGCAUAGGUUUUCACUCGAUGCCACUACAGUACAUAGAGGAAAAACGAAACAUUGUCAGAAUGACCUGAGCUCUGAUCUGUUGUAGUGUCUGAUGUUGUACCUAGUAAAUGUAUGCAUCAUAAAAACUGUAGCCUAAUAGCUAUCACUGGAACGUGUCCAAAUAAAAAUACAACUGUA